UGGGGGGUGCUUACAAACUUUGGCGAAAAGGGGUUGAACCGAGGACGUGUGUGGCUUCUGAGGGGAAAAGUAGCAUCCGUGUGAGGAAGGCGAGUCUCCUGCAGAUCAUCAGUCUCUCUGUGGACUUGAACCGGCAGCCGUGUCAGUUGCUCUGUUGAUCAGGAUUCUAACUCUGAUCCCUAAAAGUCUGGAUCCAACCAUGAGUGCAAACGUGUGGAUUUACCAGGUUUUGGUGUGCGUUAUGGUGGUUUUUGUGGAUACAGGUUGCUGUCAAAAACCUCGUCGUCAGUCUUUACAGAAGUAUGAAAAGAGUGAGAACCACAUGCUGAUUUGCACAGACUGUCCUCAGACUCCAGUGGUACAAAAUAGCCGCUCACAAGAACACUGCGCGCGAAAAUGCAAGAAGAAAAACUUCAUUUGCAGAGCUUUCAACUUUCAAAAGGCCAACAGGAAAUGCUACUUGCUUCCUUUUGACCGUUUCACCCACGGUGCGCAGAAGCAGGCCAACAUCAACUUCACUUUAUGCGAAAAAAAAGAAUAUAUUAGAGAGUGCAUCAGCGGCACCAAGGACAACUACAGAGGGAGGAGAUCUUGGACGAAGUCAAACAUCACUUGCCAAGCUUGGUCUGAUAAUAACAUCAAUGAACACACGUUUUACCCAGACAGGUACCCAAUGCAAGACCUGAGGGAAAACUUCUGCCGGAAUCCCAACAACGAUCCUGGUGGUCCGUGGUGCUACACCACAGACCCCAAUGUACGAGCUGAGGAGUGUGGCAUACCACAGUGUUCACAGGAAGUUUGCAUGAGGUGCAAUGGGGAGGAUUAUCGAGGCAAAGUGGACCAAACUGAAAGCGGCAAGGAAUGCCAGAGGUGGGACUCAAAAUGGCCUCAUGUACACUCGUUCCAGCCCAAAAAGUAUCGAGAUAAAGACUUAAGGGACAACUAUUGUCGUAACCCAAAUAACCGUCUGCGGCCCUGGUGCUACACCAUGGAUCCCAGAACUCCGUGGGAGUACUGCAACAUUACCAUGUGUGACUCAGAUCACAGUGAGGAAAUCGAUGUCAACACAACAACGUCCUGCAUCCAGCAGGACGGCACAAAUUACCGCGGGACGAUGAACGUCACUCCAGAGGGAGUGACAUGUCAGCGGUGGGACUCCCAGUUCCCCCACAACCACUCAUUUCUUCCUGUGAACUUCAAAUGCAACCGAUGUGUUUGUUACAGAGACCUUCGGGAAAAUUACUGCCGCAACCCCGAUGGAGCAGAUUACCCAUGGUGCUUCACCACAGACCCUAACCAGAGGAUUACAAAGUGCACCCACAUCCCCAGAUGUGAUGCAGAAGCCACACCAAAAAUAGAUUGUUAUGAAGACAAAGGAGAGAUGUACCGAGGAGCCUUAUCGACAACUCGAUCAGGAAUUCCCUGUGCAGACUGGGCACCUUAUAUAAACAGUGGGGAUUCUCACUCUACAAUAUCCCACGUAGGGCUGGAGAGGAACUACUGCCGGAAUCCAGACCGAGACAAACAUGGCCCCUGGUGUUACACGAGUCCAAAUAACCGCUUGGUCUGGGACUACUGCAAGCUGAAGCAAUGCGAAUCACCAACAGUGGCUCCUCAACCAAACAAUCUAACGAGGCCCAAGAUAUCAUGCUUUGUACAUAUAAACACCAGAAUAGUUGGAGGACAUGAAGUGCAAGGAACAGAUGGCGGCUGGGUUGUGAGCAUUCAAAGAAAGAAGCUUCAUCGGUGUGGUGGAUCACUGAUCAGGGAGGACUGGGUCUUGACCACCUACGAGCAGUGCUUCACGUCCUGUGUUCCAGAUCUCAAGGAUUACAGCAUUCAAGUCGGGCUGCGUCACCUGAAUGAGUCUUCAAACCGUCCUAGAUUGGGGAUUUCUCGCCUGAUAUGUGGCCCUGAAGGAUCCAAUCUGGUUAUGUUGAAACUAGAGAAUCCUGCCCCGGUGUCUGACGGUGCGUCGACGAUUCAUCUCCCGGUAAAAGAGUGUCACAUUGCUGAAGGCACCAACUGCACCAUGUACGGAUGGGGGGAAACAAAAAAUACAGGCCUUGAUGAAGCUCUGAACUCCGUGACGAUGCCCAUGGUCGACAAUGAAAUGUGCUCACAGAUCAAAGGGGACGCAGAGAAGAGCAGAAUAUGUGCUGGAGGCAACAUAGGUGAAGGCGUAUGCGAAAGAGAUUAUGGCGGCCCGCUGGUUUGCCAGGAGCAUCAACGAAAAGUUAUUGUCGGUGUGAGCAUCCCAAGGACAAAAUGUGCCUCUGCCCAGCCUGCCCUGUUUGUCAAUGUUGCCUUCUAUUCAGAGUGGAUUUACAAAGUGUUUAGACUUUACCCCAGUUUGCCGAGGAACUGAUGGGUCGGUAUGGGAAGAGUCCUGUUGUGGACACUACACGAAGCUGCCGAUGAAGAGGCAAUCGGGACCAGGAAGCAUCGCAUGUCCUGUUCAAGCUGAACCAAGCAAUGAGGGAUAACUACCUUUGGGAGAGUAGCCACUCUGUUGGAGCUCAGAUUUAAAAGAUGGAAUGUCCCCACCUUAAAAUUCCAGACAUUCCAGACAUGUGUUUGCGACUACUUUAGCACAUAGGUGGCACGCGUCCUUGUUGCGACAUGUUCAGAAUUUCUGAAAUCAUGCAAAUAAGGCAACACAAAAGACGUUUUGUGAAUCAGAUGGUGACCUUAUGUCCUGGAAUUUUACUUGAACCUGGUUUCUUUGGUGGCUACCAGUUAAGGUAGCUCCUCUUCGACUGGGAUUUCUGUGUUUCUUUCAAUUUGUUUAGCUGGGCUACAAAUUGUGCUUUUUUUACUUUAAAAAAAUUAAAAUUAUGUACGGGAAAGAUGAAAUAACGCUGAGGGCCAAAAGUUCCACAAUACAGCAAUUAGAUAAUCAUAUAUGUCUAAGUUAAACUAUAAGAAAUAUAUUAAACAAAAUUAUCUAUCUCUUUCUCUCUGUCUUUCUCUUUAUCUUCAAAUAAAUAGGUGAUAAUUUAAAUCAAUGUGGAAGAAUAUUAUAAAUACAUAAAUCUGUAGUUUUAUUGUUUUAUAAAAUUUGCAAUUAAUUAGGAUAAUUUGACUUAAUCCUAUACUAGAAAUAUGAAUGUAACUAUUUCAGCAUUUGUUUAAUGAUUUGAUAGUCCUGUGUUGCAAUUCAACAUAAUUUUUUUUGGAUUGUUUAAUUUUUACCCGAAAAAAUCGAUCACAGUUUUUAGCAGUCUUAUAGCAAACAAGAUUGGUCUGCAGUUAGCCAGUCUGAACCUAGGAGCCAUGGUAAUGAUCCGUAGCAACAUAUUUGCAUGAUAGAUUAAAGUUUUAAUGUAGUUAUUAUGGUUUAUUUCUAAACACACAUUCGUAAAUAUUUAUCUGUCAAAUUAUUUAUUUUAUUGUGGCACUUUUGGCCUCCAGUCUAGUUUAUAAAUGCACUCAUCUGCUCUGGUCGUCAGGUACUUUGCAUAUAUCACAGCUGUUAGUUGUUUCAGUGUUAAAAGCAUCAAGCAGGCAACUGUGGAAACGGCUAAAAGAAUGAAAACGUAAGCAUGAAAAUGUCAUUAGAAAAUUCCUCGUAGACUCGCUAUGAGAAAAUAAGUAAGUCAGAUGGUUUAUGAAGCCAAAACUGUCUGACUGUAGGUCCAACAGAGUUAGAAAAAUUGGACUUUGGAUACAUCGUUAAUAUGAGUACAUCGAAUACACAACAGCAGCAACUGUGGCCAACCUGGAAGUUUUAAUUGCGUGCAGUAGCUGAACUACCUUUUCCCCAGUUAACUGUAACUGUUGGCUUCCCCCCCCUAGAGAGAGAGUCUAAGUAGGACUGAGCAAACUGCUCCAGAUCUUAUACUAAUAUUUGUAGCAUGAGAGAGAGAGAAGAGCCAUGCCAAAUAUAACAUGGCUGUUUGGUAUCCAGUUUGGAGGGAACUGUGGCCCCUGGUGGGCUGUGUGUGGUCAGUAGAACAUGUUUUCUUCUUUUAUAUAAAAAGUGACUGUGUGUACAGACCCGCAGAUUUAUUUGUUUUUCCUGACGUUGUGUAAAUUUUUAUAGGUCUUAUAGAUCUGGAUUAUUGUCGGUUCAUUUAGUAUCGUUGGAUAGGCUUCUUUGAACUUCUGAUUGUGUGGAAUAUUUUUUUUUUAAAACUUAGUAUAAUGUAGUAAUUUAUAUUUAUUUUUUUAACUGAGAGGACAAAAAUUGUCAUAAUUGGGUUCAUAAUUUGAUGGUAUGCUUACUUUGUGGGUUCUAUUACAAACAUGGUAUCAAAGAAGUUGGGAAGCUUGGUGAAAUGUGAAGAAAACAAAUAUACGGUUCGCUCGGACUUCACUAAAAGACAGAGAUGGCUCAUCAGCUGCUGAAAUGUGGCUGAAAAAAGGUUUGCAUAGUGAGAGCUUUCUCUACUAUGCAAAAACAAACCACGUUGUGCUGUUAUCCUGCUAUCUCAAGCAUGUGGUCUCCAUGAGUUCCAGCUUUCGACCUUGAUUCAACAAACCAAAGAGCCACUUUCCACCUCAUUUCAGUUCAUUACAAAUGAGCUAAACUUCUAAAAUGGACAAGAACAUUUCAGGGCUUUCUUUUCUUGUUUUCUUUCUCGUUUUCUAUUGUAACGUUUUGCUUCUUUUCUGAUUACUAUGCAAAAACAGGCUUUUGUUGGUUAAGUUUAUGUCUUUGAAACCAGAUGUCAAAUGUUUUUAUUUCCAUGGGAGUUUUGUUCUGAUUAUGUCCUGAAUGUGUUGCAACUGUUAUUUAAUUCAGCCUAAUGUAAUGUAAAUAUGUAGAUAUGAGUUGUAUAUUUUGUGAACAGCACACUCAUAAAAUACAGCUGCUAUUUCUUUUGUAUCAUGAUAUUUUUCAGAUUUUUGUAUCCCUUUAUAUUUCUAUUUGUAAUAAACAGUUUUACAGUGA